CCGAUAUACGGGAUCGAGGGCAUCGGCGUCCUCCGGGGCCCGGCACCGACCCCCAUCGCCCCAUGGAAAAGCUUCAUUUCACCAGGAAUUGCAAUAUCGGACAUUGAAUUGUUCGGCCAUAGGCGCUUGUUUUCUGAUCGCCAACGUCCGUCUCCGUCCGUUGAGCCGCUUGGAGUAGCGUUGUUUAGUUGCUUCGUCUCUAAUCACCUUAGCCGGAGCCAUCAUUAUCGCUGGGAAGGGGGGCUGACUUCCCAACCGUUCUGCAUACUUGCUAAUCUAAGGUAUAUUUAAAAGCGUAUCCCUCCCCUCUCCUCUUUUCCAAAUCAUACCGUGCUUAAUCUUGACUCUUGGAAACAUUGUCAUCGCUCAUCUCUUGUCGCAAUACACUGAACCUGAAACCUUAUCUGGCCUUAUCCGGUAUCAAUAUCAAUACACGUCUUCAGACUUAUCACACAACAAGCACCUCACAAUGCCUUACGUAUCUGCUGCUCGCUAUGGCAAGGACAAUGUCCGCGUCUGCAAGGUUGAUCGCGAUGCCUCUACUGGCAUCCAGACCGUCACUGAGAUGACCGUCUGCUGUCUUCUUGAGGGAGAGAUUGAGACCUCCUACACCAAGGCUGAUAACAGUGUUGUCGUUGCCACCGACUCUAUCAAGAACACUAUCUACAUCACUGCCAAGCAGAAUCCUGUCAACCCUCCUGAAUUGUACGCCUCUAUCCUCGGCAGCCACUUCAUCGAGAAGUACAGCCACAUUCAUGUUGCCAACAUCAACGUCAAGACUGUUCGCUGGCAGCGCCUGGAGGUUGACGGCAAGCCUCACCCUCACAGCUUUUUCAAAGAUGGUGAGGAGACCCGAAAUGUGGAGGUUCGCGUGAGCCGACAGGAGGGCAUUCAGAUCAAGAGCUCUCUUGUUGGCUUGACUGUGCUCAAGAGCACCGGUUCUGCUUUCCACGGCUUUGUUCGCGAUGAGUACACAACUCUUCCUGAGACUUGGGACCGCAUCUUCUCAACCGAUGUUGAUGCUACAUGGAAGUGGAAGAAGUUCGACUCACUGAAAGCUGUCAAGGCCUUUGCUCCCAAAUUCGACAGUGCUCGAGAGGCAGCACGCAACGUCACCCUCAAGGUCUUCGCUGAGGACGACAGUGCUAGCGUGCAAGCCACCAUGUACAAGAUGUCCACCCAGAUCCUUGGGCUUGUGCCCGAGAUUGCGACAGUCACUUAUGCACUGCCCAACAAGCAUUACUUCGAGAUUGACCUGAGCUGGCACAAGGGACUCAAGAACACAGGCAAGGAUGCUGAGGUUUACGCGCCCCAGUCUGGCCCCAAUGGCCUUAUCAAGUGCGAGGUGUCUCGCGACAACUUGCAAUCAAAGCUAUAAGGGGCGUUGAGAAUGGUUGUAUUCUGCGGCGAUAGAUGUCAAGAUGGAACGUUAUAAUGAACCCAGGAUAAAGAUUGAUACCAAGCGAUGAACUUAGAUUCUAGCACUAGAUAUGCUUUGAGUAAUUACGUUAAUUUUGCUAUCUUUUUGCCUGUUCUG